AUGUUAACACUAACAAAGGGUCUCUUGGUGGGUUCACCAUCUCCCCUCCUUUCCCCUUCAGGCACUAGAGAAAACCACUGCAAGAGAGGCGACAGUGCAAUAGACAACACACACUUUCGUCUCUGCGUUGCCUCAAUACUACUACUCUCAUCAUCACCAGUGUGCAGUAAAGCAAAAAAGAACAACAACAAUGACUAUUCACAAAAAGAGGAACAUAAACUUUAUUUUAUUUUGCAUCACACCCUGCGUGCAAGAAAACACAACCCAAGUGAAAAAUACAAACUACACCAAAGGAGUUACACCAUCGUAGAGCAGCGGCAUUGUUGCUUCUAUUGCAAUGUGGAAAAGAAUAUGCCCACACACACACCGUAG